UUAUGUUCACCAGUGUUUCAGGGGAGCUUUGUCCUGCUUUGUGAAGGAAGCCUCUGGGGACCAUUCAAGAGUGGUGGGCCUACAUUUGGUGGGUGUUGGGACUUCAGUUUCUUGGGGCCAUUGUGAGGGUCUGAGCUGGGGUGGCCAUGAAGGGCAGGGCUGGCCUGGCUGUGAUGUCUCUGGUGCCAGUGACAUCCCAGGGAUGCCACAACAAGGGGUGUGUAGGCAGUGUUGCCACAGCACCAGGCCAGGCUGGCCUGGCUGUGAUGUCUCUGGUACAAGUGACAUCACAAGGGAGCAGGUAUAAAUGCAGCAGCAAGUAGCACUGCCCCAGGCCAGCUCGGAUGAGCACCAUGUGGACAUACAUGACCAGAUGCUGCACUGGAUGAGGGCUAUAAUGGUCAUACUACUCCUCUUCUGGCUUGUGCAAUGGAUCUGCUAUUAUAUCAAAGUGUACCUGGAUAAGGAUCUCAGCCAGAGGACUGGGACGCUGAAGGAGUUUGUCUGCAGGACUGUGGAGCAGUGUGUCAGGUCCUGGAGAGCCAUGCUCUGGGCUGCCUUGCAGCAAUGGCUGUUCUGGGCCAUUGCUGGAACCCUGGUGUUGCUCUUGGCACACUGCUGGAGGCUCAGGAAAAGGAUCUCUGUGGUGGACAACAGGAGGGACUCAGAGAGAGAAGAAAGCGAGGAAGAACUUCCUACUGAGAAGAAUAUGAUCUGGAUCAUUUCAAGACACUACCAGUUGUCAGUGCCAAAGCUGGCCUCCGGGAGACGGGUGGUAGAGGAGCUGCUGAGUGACCUUCUCCAAGUCUCCCAUAGUCUCUUUUCAGACAGCUUCUUCCCAGUGCUGCAACCAGCCAUUGGGGUGGGCAGUGCUUUUGAAGGAUGGAGUCACCAUAAGGAGAAGGAUGUUGUCUACUGCAUGUUUGUGCCCCUGAAGCCACCCCAUGGGCAUGCCUUCCUCCUGGAGCCAGACACCAUGGGGGAGAUGUCACAGAGAAGCAUGCGCAUCCGCGUGGAGCUGGUGUGCACCUGCACCAGAAAACAGCCUGACAGGAACAUGCUGUGCUUCCUCCACCAUUCUGAGGAGGAGCUGAAGAGAAAUCAGAUGGCCAGCCUUCUACAUACCCUCUGUACUGGCCCUUACCUAGAUGGGGAGAAAAUUGCCCUCUGGUUCCAGACAGUUGUGAUCUCGGCCUGGUCAAUGUUGCCUCAGUCCUGUCACUACAGCAUGAAGGUGCUUCCCUCCUGCCGCUCCUGCAAGGUGAAGCUGAUGAAAGCCUCUGGGAGAAGCUUUAUUGUGGAGAUAGUAUUUAGUGUGCAGCAAGGUGACUCGGAUAUCUUCCUGAGUAGCCAGCCUACAGAGGCCCAGUUCCCUCCAAGCACGACAUGGCUGGAGAGCUAUGCUGUGGCAGAGGCAAAGUUCUUCAGGCAGGUCGCCAUGCAGGCCCCACCCCACAGCUGCCAUCUCAAAUGCCUGCGGCUCUGUGCUCGCAUUCUGGAGGAUUCAGGCCUUUCUAUCUAUGCCUUGAAAACCUCAGUCAUGCACCUCCUGACCUUGAUCCCUCUGUCAGAAUGGCAGCACAAGUAUUUCCUGAUGCGGGUGGAUGACACCUUGAACUACCUGCGCUGUUGCCUAGAGGAGGCACGCCUCAAGCAUUUCUUCUUUGGCAACGAGGAUAUGCCUGAGGAGAUCUCCUUGCCCCCAGCUUUCCAAGAGGCACAGCCUCUAAACCUCUUCCAGCACCUGGCACAAAAUCCAGCUGCCCAGACUGAGGCAUUGAAUAAGUUUUAUAAGUUUGAAUGUGACCUCUUCUUUGGGUUUUGAAUGAGACAACUGUAGAAUCACAGAAUCAUAGAAUUGUAGAACUGUAGAAGAGUAGAAUCAUUAGAUCUCUAGGAAAAUACUUCCAUAUAAUUCUAACCGUAUUUUGACUUCCUGGGACCUUCGGUUGAUGCAAAGUUUACAACAAAUGGUGUGUUUGAACAAACACUGCAUCUCUGAGCAUCUGUCCAUCAGCUUGAAAUGGAAUGCGACUGCUCAGGUACCUCAAAGUUGGAGAUUAUUUGGUAGAAGACCUGAAGUGAUGGGCCCUGGUUUCUCUGAUUCCCUGCCACUGUCACUUCUCCUGCACUGGGGAAAUAAGAAAAACUGGUCACCCUCCACAGCUCUGCUCACUGCCAAGUGGCAUUUCAACGUUGCUGCCCUCCAGCUGCUUCUGCAAAUGCCACUUUUGAGAGAGCUCAUUCCUCCUGUGAGCUUUACUGGGUACAAAAAUGGCAAUAAAUGAUAUAUUGGAGCAAACACAA